AUGAGAGCAUUUUUUGCAGUACUGCAACCACGAACAUGUGCUGAGGCCAAUACAUUUUACGAUCUCCCAUCAGGACCCACCCAAUUAGACGUGGAUGGAUCACGUCCAUCUUUUGGAAGUGUUGCUGUUUGCAACAACGGAAUCACUACAGUACCUCAUGAUAUGCCAAAUGGCACUGUGGCAAGGUCAUCUGAGGAUACAACACAUGCAAUGUUCAUAAUAUCCUAUAGGGAUUUCACCAGCGAGAAGUUGGCAAGGCUCAUCACGAACUCUGGCUCAUGUAGACAAUUUGUACAGUAUGACUGCAAUAAUGCUGCGUUGGGUCUUUCAGCUUUGAAUCCAAUAAAACUUGGUUCAAUGUGGCUGUCUGGAAUCGUACUGUAA